GUCACAUCUCGCAGUUUAUAGUAGGUAGUCAUGACGUUCAUUUCGCUGAUUUUUGUGGCACUCCUGGCUUUUAGUUCUUUGGGUCUACCUCAAGCAGAGGAAACCUGUGGAACUUAUAACUCCGAUAUAUGGAAGGAAGACGCAGAAUCAAGUGAAGGGAGUUGCUCUGCUACAAAGGUUUCCGAGAACAUUAAGGAGAAAAGUGAAGGAAAAACGGAAGCGACAGAGUCCUCUUUCUUUGACAUUAUACAGUCUGUAAUCAACUUUGUUUUGAUGAUCUUUAAGUGGUUUACGAAUAUGAACGAUAAAUAAAGAUGACAAGACAUAUCAGAGCCAAAAUCAAA